AUUUUGAAGGUAAUCAACUUGCUGAUGGUGGAGCCAAGCCAUGGCGGCAGAUGAUAAAGUUGCCAUCUUAACUGAUGACGAAGAAGAGCAGAAGAGAAAAUAUGUGCUGGCUGAUCCCUUUAAUGGCCUUGCCCGGGAUCAAGAGCCGCCUGCCAAUGAAACGCCCUCCUCCACAGAGACAGCUGCUAUCCCUGAUGAGGAGAUAGAUUGGAUAGAGAAGCACUGUGUUAAAAUAAAUAAUGACCUGCUCAUAUCCAAGGUAUUUUAUUUUUUCUUUUACUCUGCCUAUGGCUCCCUUUACCCACUUUUGCCUGUGUAUUAUAAACAACUGGGGAUGUCCCCCAGCCAGAGUGGACUGCUGGUAGGAAUCCGAUACUUCAUUGAAUUUUGCAGUGCCCCCUUUUGGGGGGUAGUUGCGGACCGUUUUAGAAAAGGCAAAAUUGUCCUCCUCUUCUCCCUCUUGUGUUGGGUGUUGUUCAACCUGGGCAUCGGAUUUGUCAAACCUGCCACUUUGAGAUGUGUACCAAAGACGAUCCCAACGGCUCACCCAACAAAUGCAAGUCACUCACUGACCACCCUGCCAACAAAUGCUUCCGUGACCCCUUCCAUGACCACCAGCCAGAGGAAACGGGAGAGAAGGAACCCGCUGCCCUCCAACUGGUCAGUCCUGUUGGAUAGCACAGAGCCCAAUAUCACAGUCACUACCUUCUCUUCCCUCAUGUCAAACAAGACUCCCACCCCCACCCUGUGGCCUCCCACAGAGGAAGUCACCAGCACCAUGAUGGACUUGACCUUGAACCCCAGCACGGUAACCUCUGCCCACACAGGAAAUUUGACCAGGCUGACCACCACGGCUGUCGUCACUACCACUAAACCAAUACCUUCUGACCAGGUCACAUUGGUGUAUGAUCAGCAAGAGGUCGAAGCUAUAUUCCUGGUGAUCUUGGUGGUUGUCAUAAUAGGGGAGUUUUUCAGCGCCUCUUCUGUCACCAUUGUGGACACUGUCACACUUCAGUACUUGGGCAAACACCGUGACCGCUAUGGACUCCAGCGCAUGUGGGGUUCUCUGGGCUGGGGUCUGGCCAUGCUGUCUGUGGGCAUUGGCAUUGACUACACCCACAUAGAGGUGUUCAUCGAUGGAAAGGGGUGCAAGCCCCCUGAAUACCGAAACUACCAGAUUGUCUUCAUCGUCUUUGGCGUGCUCAUGACCAUGGCCUUGAUUGUAGCCACCCAGUUCCGGUUCCGCUACAACCACUUCAACAAUAAUGACAGCAAAGGGAAGGAGGUGGAGAUCCCACAGGUGGAGAGGAACAGCUCCACCGAGUCCUCUGAGGAGACCCCAACCACGACGACGAGCCACUCGCAGGCCUUCAACUUCUGGGACUUGAUCCGACUGCUUUGCAGUGUGCAGUAUGGCUCGGUGCUGUUUGUGGCCUGGUUCAUGGGCUUUGGCUAUGGCUUUGUCUUCACCUUUCUCUAUUGGCAUCUAGAGGACCUGAAUGGAACCACCACCCUCUUUGGGGUCUGUUCUGUGCUGAGUCACGUGUCUGAGUUGACGGCUUAUUUUUUCAGUCACAAGCUUAUUGAAUUGAUUGGCCACAUCAGGGUUCUGUACAUUGGUCUUGCUUGCAACACAGCUCGCUAUAUUUAUAUUUCCUAUCUGGAAAACGCCUGGACUGUUCUGCCCAUGGAAGUUCUUCAAGGGGUGACACAUGCAGCCAUCUGGGCAGCUUGCAUCUCUUACCUCAGCGCUGCUGUUCCUCCAGAGCUGAGGACAUCUGCUCAGGGCAUCCUGCAGGGCCUGCACCUGGGCCUGGGCCGAGGCUGUGGGGCCAUGAUUGGAGGUGUACUAGUGAACUAUUUCGGGGCUGCUGCAACCUUCCGAGGGAUCGGCAUGGCCUGCCUGGUAAUCCUCCUGCUCUUCUCCCUGAUCCAGUGGUUGGCAGUGCCAGAUGAGGAAGAAGAUAAGACAAUGUUAGCAGAAAGGAUUCCUGUUCCCUCAAGUCCUGUUCCCAUAGCAACCAUCGAUUUGGUCCAGCAACAGACAGAAGAUGUCAUGUCCCGCAUUGAACCCAGACUUCCACCCAAAAAAACCAAGCACCAGGAAGAGCAGGAGGAUGUGAGCAAGCCAGCAUGGGGGGUCAGCUCUUCACCCUGGGUUACCUUUGUCUACGCACUCUACCAAAUUAAAGAGAUGAUGCAGCUAAGCCGAGACAACCGAACUUCUGAGAUCCAGCCUUUACAGGGGACCAGUGAGCAUCGGCAGGCCUCCCCAGCUGUCCCCCAGGAGACUCCCUCUGACCCGUCUCAAAACCAGCCAUCCCCACAAGCAGCAGCACCCCAGAUGCAGGGUGGCCCGGAUCAGCAGAGCGUGGAGGGGUGCCCCAAGGAUGGAGACCUGCAGGCUCCCGCUGUGGAAGGACACUGAGGGUCCUGCUCUCUUCACACCCUGCAUGGAAUGAACCUCUUCUCCUGGGCUGAGGAAGAUGUCCUGGGACCUAUCUCACCCCGAGGAACACAGCACCAUCUCGCUUCUCUCAUUUACAUGGAACCGCAUCCAGCUCAGCUGCUCCUGCACUUACUGGGAAGCAGGUACCUGCCAUCCUCCCACCAGGCCUAUGGAAGGGGAACACGGCGCUGAGGGGACUCUGAGUUGGUGGCUUGGCAGGACAAGGACCCCAGGACUUCUCUGCCUUGACAUAGACUCGAAACCAGCAGUUACAGUCAGUAGAGGGAAUGGAAGGACUGUGAGGUGAACACUGAUCGGAUUACUGAUUAUUUAUUCCAAGUAUUUUGGCUCUUAAUGCAAACUGGGCAGAAGCAGAAUCCAUUUGUAGUUUUGUUUCUCUUGAGGAGAACCAUUAAAAAUUAUAAGAUCUAUUUAAAAAGUAACCGGAUAGAAGUUAAUAGCGUAUAUGCUCUCAAUUAAAAACAACAAAAAAGUUUCAUCAGAAACUUGGCAUAUCUCUCGCAAAUAUAUUUUUAUAUGUAUAUGGUAUAUAAUAAAAAGUCAGUAGGAAAAAAAAAGACUCAAUUGUCUUGAAGCAGCCUAAGCUGUUAUUGACUACUGCAAACUAAACUGAGCUUUAAAAUGCCUUUUGUUUUAAAUGGGCUUAAGACCAGAGGAGGGAAUAUUACAAAUAAACCUACCAACUCAGUAUCCUGUAUCUUGAUAAAUAGAGCUUUACUAGAUAUAUUACACCAUAAAGAGCCUCCAUCACCACUUACAAUUUUAUAGUGAUUUGGGCUCUAAUUGGUUGAUGGAAUAAAGCAGAAAAAAAAAAACCACUGAAUUCAUAAGGAUUUCUUUAAUUAAGCAGUACUACUUACAAUUAACAGUAUAAGAUUUAAGUGCCUGGGGGAGGGAUACUGUUUUUUAAAAUCACAUAUUGCAUCAGUUUCUUUUUUUUUUUUUUUUGGUGUGGGGUAUGUGGGGGUCAUUAUUGACUAGAAAAGCAGAAUGAAUGGAAAAGAAUGAGACAAAGAAGUAUUCCAGUAAUUAAAGAAACAAAUCUCAGUAUCUUCUGGAGACAAAGACAUUUAACAGUUCAGAGACAGGGAAACAACUGUCCAUAUUACAAUAACUACUGUCAGAACCAUGGCUGGCGAAUCACAUAUGAACCUGCUACAAAGGAAAGUGCAGGAGGCCUGGGAGGAGGCUGUGGAAAAGUGUGGCUUGGAAUGUGUGAAGGUCAGUUCUAGUGCAGAGGAGUGCAGGCAAGCUCAUCCCUGCUGGCCCUGGUUAGUCUGGGAUCAAGGACAAAGUGUGGGGCCUCACAGACAGCAACCACACUUCCGCCCCCAACUGUGUCUCAGAGAAGAGCUACCCUGGGACGCCUACCUUCACAACACACAGCUUAAAUAUUAAAGAGUGGAAAGAGAUAGAAAUCAGCAAAUAGUUAUUUUUUGCACUUGAACUGAAAUGUACUGUACUGUAAAUUAUCAUGACUCAUUUUAAGUGACCUUUAAAAUCCAGAUGUAUUUAUUAUGCUUAUGUAAUUGUAGAAAUAAAGAACUGGGUGACAGACGCAAAUCUCACCUAUCAAUGUCCAGAAAGUGGAUUUGUGAAACUGAAUGUAGGAAGACAAAACCUAACACUGUAUCUUGUGUUUACAGUUCUGAUUUGUUCCUUUGAGAAGCCUGCUGUUCAGAAAUGCACAGUUAACAUGGUGAAAUAAAGAUAAAUACCAUUUUAAGCAAUUUCUUACAUGUGAAAGAAGGGACCAAACAAAUAAAAGUUCUUCGUUCUGUAAAUGAGACCAAAUUUAACAUGCCCUUUGUCAUGAAAUACUCACUGAGAGAAUCGAUUCAGUAAUGUUGUAAUUUCCCUCCUUU